CUCAAAGCAAAUUCUCUCUAUAUAAAUAUACUCUUAAAAUUCAUCAAACCAUCAAUGGCCUCAAGCAAAUCCUUCAUCAUAGCUUUACUUCUUGUUGUGACAAUGUCAAGCAUGAGCAUCGAAGCUCGCCAUCUUUUGCAAGCAACCACACAACCAAAUUUGCCUAAUAUUCCCACUUUGCCAAAACCAACAACAUUGCCACCAUUGCCUCAAGGAAACCUUCCACCAUUGCCUACCAUUCCAUCUCUUCCUAAGCUCACCAUGCCACCGCUUCCUAGCUUUCCUACUACCAAUAUUCCGACACUUCCAUCUCUCAACAUUCCACCAUUGCCGGCAGCCACUUCACUUCCCAACUUACCUUCAUUCCCAACCACUUUCCCUUCCAUCCCAUUUCUCACCCCACCACCUUCAACCUCUAGCCCUUAAAGUCUUCCUUACUUGUUACCUUUGCAUGCAAUAGACAUUGCAUCAUUACUUUAUUGUGAGUGAUGAAAUUGUACGAGUUUAUGACGAUAUAGUAGUAUAUUUUUUUUGUUAUAUUGUAUGGUGUGAUUUUUUUCCUUCUACUUACCAGUUUGGCACCAUUGUUUGUACUUAUAAAUUUAUACUAUUGAUUUUGAAUUACACAUUUAUAUAAAACUAUGAAUUCUUCUUCUUUU